AUGGCUCCUCCACCGCGCUUGCGCAUUUUAUCAGUCGGCAGCAAUGCUAUCUCGGCUUUCCUCUCCUGGAGACUGCAGGCAACCACUUCGUGCGAUGUGACUCUGGUCUGGAAAUCAGGAUAUGAAGCAGUGUCCCAGUACGGAGUGUCAUUCAAGUCGAAAGCUUUCGGCAAUGAACGAUUCAAGCCUCGCCAUGUCGUUCGUGCUCCGGAAGACGCCGCCUCGCGAGAAAACGCCUACGACUACGUUAUACUCUGUGUGAAGGCUUUGCCCGACGUUUACGACCUUGCAGCCGUCAUCGAGUCUGUCGUCACCCCUCAACACACAUGCAUUCUCGUAAACACAACGAAUACUAUCGGUGUCGAGUCACACCUGGAACAGCGCUUCCCUACCAACGUCGUCCUCUCACUCGUCUCCGGGGUCGAGAUCUCUCAAAUCGGUGCUAGCGAAUUUGAGCAUCUGAACUCAUCGGAGAUUUGGGUCGGUGCGACAAAUAAGAAGUCCAACAUCCCCUCCUCCAUCCAAAACGAUAUGGCUGCGGCUCUGGCGAUGACGCUCGGCUCCGGCCAGGUUGACUGCAAAGUCUCCCCCAAUAUUAGACAGGAACAGUUUGAGCGCAUGAUCGGGCCAAUUGCAUUUUACCCCUCUAGUGUAAUGUUUGAAACUUCCAACCACUCCCAGCUGCUCGAGAAAGUUGGCGUUCGUCAGCUUGUGACGGAUAUCAUCGAGGAGCUUAUGGAACUGGCCAAAGCCAACGGCUGUUCCUUCCCCGACGAUUUCGCUCAAAAGACGAUCGAGAAGAUGACCGCCAGCGGAGCGCCCAGUUCAAUGUAUCAGGAUUUCCAGGCCCGGCGUCCGAUGGAGAUCGAAACCUACCUGGGGUCGCCUAUCAAACUGGCCGCGGAAUCUGGUGUCCGGGUUCCUCGAAUUGAGACCCUCUACGCCGUACUCCAUCAUGUCAACACGACGAACCUGAACAAACCGCGUACGAACGAAUCGCCACCUCCGACGCUGGCGAACCCGCCUCCGCGAAUGUCUUCAGCCCCUCCGCGGGGUCCUCCGAUGAACGGCCCCAUGCGUCCAGGACCUGCUGGUAGAACCAGUUCCGGAAUGGCGAUGCCUCCCCGGCGUGGCCCUCCGAUGCCCGGAAUGGCCCGACCCCCAAGCGCUCAGCCUGCGUCGGCGAGAAUCCCUCGUGAGCCAUCCUUAGAAGGAUUGGAAGAGUUCAGUCAUCUGGUGCUCUACGACGAUGCUCCCGACGCGGUGAUGCCUCAAAAUGGCGCCAACGGCGUCCAUGAUAUGCCCCCAGGUCCACCUGCGGCGGCCGAUUUGGCCUUGAGGGAGCGGGAACUGGCUCUCCGUCAACGUGAGUUACAGAUUCGUGAGCAAGAAAUGGGCAUGCGGCGCGGUCCUCCUCGCAGGGGUCCGCCGCCUCGUGCGGCGUUCGAUGAAGAGGAUGAAGACGAUUUCUUCGACCCGAUGGAAAGCAUGCCGGUCCCACACAUUGACCCCGAUAGCGUGGAUAUGAUGAGCAUCACAUCACGACGGGCGAAAAAAGCCCCGAGUGCGAGUCAAUUCCGCAAAAACCCCGAGAUCCAUAUCAAUGGCAAUGGUGGAAGCAGACCCGGAUCGGCCUUCAGUCGAUACUUCGGGGGAAGGAAACGGGCGAGUGAUCGCAUCAUGCAGGAGAUCCCCGGCCUUCACGACUCCCUCAUGGACAACCCUAUGAUGGCGUACUCGUCCAACCGGUACGGUGCAGUCGAUCGCAACCAGAUGCACGCCGGCUCCCGUGCCAACUCACUGACGGCCAGCCGAAUGGGCGACUUCCCGCCGCACCCAUAUCCGCAGAGCAGAAGAAAUAGCCAAUCUCCCGCGACUCCUUUCGGUCCCCCAGGCCCGCGUAUGGGUCGACCGGCCAAUCCCCAAGACCCUAGUCUUGGACCCCCGAAUGGUCCUCCGAGCGGCCAUCCAUCCCCCCCGGGACAAAUGCGAGCACCCGUUCCCCGAUACCCUCCGGGGCAAGGUAAUGCGGUAGGUCCGCAGCAAGUUGAACAACAAUAUGGGGUGAGCAACUCGUUUUCCGCCAAGGGCACUCCGAAGCAUAGAAGUCUGACUGGAAGUGCGAGCGCCAGCGCGGAGAGUGGUGAUAGCGGAGCUAGUGCCAACCUUGAGUCCGAAACCUCGGCCCAUAGCAGUCAGAUUAGCUUGGGCGCCCAGCAAGCUGCGAUGCCUGUGCGCUAA